AAGUGCGCUCUUCUCCUUCAUAAUAUGAACCAAAAACCCUAAACCCCAAUUAAUUCUCAAUCUCCCAACUCUUGAGAUCCUACCACGAGCAAUGUUCUCUCCUCCCGCGAAGAAAUCCGGCUUAAGUGCUCGUAAAAAUGCAUUCGAUCGGAGAGACGAAGUAUCCACGCCGCUCGCCGAGAACCGGAGGCCGUUGCUCGACAGCCCCGCCGUCCCCAAUCGCCCCGCCACCGGCACCCCUGCCCCUUGGGCCUCUCGCCUUUCCGUUCUCGCCAGAAUCCCGCCUGUGAGAAAAAGUGACAGUGGUGAUGAGGCACACAGGCCUGUCUAUAUUGGGGAGUUCCCUCAAGAAGUACGUGAUGCUCAAAUCAUAUCAUCACAGAACCGUGUUCCUGCUGAUACAUCCAUCUCUGGUGGAAUGGACAAGGCGACAUCUUUUGCUUGGAUCAUUUGUGGAAACAAACUUUUUAUCUGGAAUCACUUAUUGACUGCUGCUUCAAGAAAAUGCAUUAUCCUUGACCUCACUUCCGUCACAUCAGAAAAUGGAGAGAUGGGGAAAGGUUAUUCUCAGAAUAAUAAUUGGUUAGUUUGUCUUAUCAACUGGGACGGCUCAAAGAAAACUGGCAGCAAGGUAACUCAACAGUCCAGUUCUGCUGGAAUUGUAAUGUGCAAUAAGAAGACUCGCACUCUAGUUUUCUGGCCAGAUAUAUAUAAUGCUAAUAGGGUUCCACCACUCACUUGUGUUAUACGUCAAAAUUAUUCCAUCAAUUCUUUGAUUGCUUCAGCUAUCCCUUCUGCCACCAAUAGCUGCAUUGCUCUAGCAUGUAGUUCUGAUGGUGUGCUCUGUAGAUUCUUAUGCACCCCAACUGGUAUUGAGCCUAAACAAAUUAAGCAUGGCAUGUCAAGUACAUUUUCUCCUGGAGUUGAUAGUAGCCAACUUGUGGCAAGUAAUGGAUACCCUAGGUCGUUGAUUUGGCACACUUUUAGUCAUUCAUCAGAUGAUACUACCAGACAGUUCCUUCUACUUACUAAUCAUGAGAUACGAUGCUUUGCAUUGGAACUUUCAGCAGAGUUUAAUGUGUCGGAGCUUUGGUCACAUGAAAUAAUUGGGACUGAUGGUGAUCUUGGUAUCCAGAAGGAUCUUGCUGGCCAAAAGAAAAUUUGGCCUCUUGAUUUGGAUAUUGAUGCUGAUGGCAAGGUAAUAACUGUUCUUGUUGCUAUCUUGUGCAAGGAUCGGGUCACCAGUUCAAGCUACACUGAGUACUCUCUUCUGACCAUGCAAUAUAAAUCUGGUGUUGAUAUUGGUGAGACAAUUUUGGAGAAAAAGGCACCUAUCCAAGUGAUUGUACCUAAAGCAAGAGUAGAGGAUGAGGAAUUUUUGUUCUCUAUGAGAUUGAAGGUAGGUGGCAAGCCAGCUGGCUCUGCUUUUAUACUUUCUGGUGAUGGUACCGCAACAGUCUCCCACUACUGGAUGAACUCAACCAAACUUUAUCAGUUUGACCUGCCUCAUGAUGCCGGAAAAGUUCUUGAUGCUUCAGUCUUUCCUGCUAUUGAUGACAGUCAAGAUGGAGCUUGGGUUGUGCUCACUGAGAAAGCAGGAGUUUGGGCGAUACCUGAGAGGGCAGUUGUACUUGGUGGCGUUGAACCACCUGAAAGAAGUCUGUCACGUAAAGGCAGUUCCAAUGAUCGAUCUUUACAGGAGGAGAGAAGAAACUUUUCUAUUGCUGGGAAUAUCGCUCCAAGAAGAGCUAGUUCAGAAGUUUGGGAUGCGGGUGACAGGCAAAGGGCAGGCUUAACAGGAGUUGCCCGUCGAAGCCCACAAGAUGAGGAAUCGGAAGCUUUACUAAGUCAGCUUUUCCAUGAUUUUCUGUUAUCUGGGCAGGUUGAUGGUGUUCUUGACAAACUGAAAAAUUCAAGGGCAUUCGAAAGAGAGGGAGAGACAAAUGUAUUUACCAGGAUAAGUAAAUCAAUUGUUGACACACUAGCUAAACAUUGGACAACAACUAGAGGCCCUGAGAUUGCUUUAUCUCUUGCGUCGGCACAACUUGUCGCGAAGCAGCAAAAGCAUCAAAAGUUUCUUCAGUUCCUUGCAUUGUCAAAGUGCCAUGAAGAAUUGUGUUCCAGACAGAGAGAAUCUAUGCAGACUAUCAUGGAACAUGGAGAAAAGCUUGCUGGCAUGAUCCAAAUGAGAGAACUGCAGAAUACGAUUAGCCAUGAGAGUACAUCUAGACUUGGAUCCUCUUAUGGUUCAGAUGCUCAGACUUCUGGAGCUCUUUGGGAUCUUAUUCAGUUGGUUGGUGAGAGAGCCCGCCGAAACACAGUUCUUUUGAUGGAUAGGGACAACGCUGAAGUUUUCUAUAGCAAGGUUUCAGAUCUCGAGGAGGUGUUUCAUUGCUUAGAGAAACAGUUGAAGGAUGUUAUCAUCAGCGAAGAUAUGCCGGCACCUGUUAAAUUUCGUAGAGUUUGUGAACUUUCAAGUGCUUGUGUGAUGUUAUUCCAUGCAGCCUUUCAGUAUAAGAGUGAAUAUCGCUUGUGGUACCCUCCUCCUGAAGGCUUGACACCAUGGUACGCCAAAAGUGUUGUAUGGAGUGGGCUAUGGAGUGUUGCUUCAAUCAUGCUUCAGUUGCUCAAUGAAGCAAACCGCCUUGAUGGUUCUGAAAAGUUUGAUUUCUACUCAAAUCUUGAACUACUUACCGAAGUAUUACUUGAGUCGUAUUCUACUGCUAUCACAGCAAAACCUGAACGAAAGGAAGAUCAUAGGACUCUAUUGGAAGAAUAUUGGACGCGUAGGGAUGCCCUUCUUGAUGCCCUCUACAACCAAGUGAAGAGUUUUGUGGAAGCCAAACUGCAGGAUGAAGAAAACAAAGAGCAGUAUAAUGAUACUCUUAUGACCCUUUCUUCAAAAUUAUUGUCAAUUGCAAAAAGACAUGAGGCCUAUCGGACUAUGUGGAGUAUAUACUGCGACCUCGAUGAUUCUGAACUCCUCCACAAUCUCAUGCAUGAAAGCAUGGGACCUAAAGGAGGUUUCAGUUGCUUUGUCUUCAAGCAAUUAUAUGAAAGCAAACAACUUUCGAAGCUUAUGAGACUGGGUGAGGAGUUUCAGGAUGAGUUAGCUACAUUUCUGAAGCUUCAUCCUGAUCUUCUGUGGCUUCAUGAAGUGUUUCUUCAUCAAUUUUCCUCGGCUUCUGAGACAUUACAUGCAUUAUCCGUUUCUAAGGAUGAUAGACCAGUUUCUUCUAUGGAGGAUGCUGGAGCAACUGGCUCAAGGUGUCAAUUAAGUUUGGCAAGUAGAAAGCAUUUUCUGAAUCUUGCAAAGAUAUCAGCAAUGGCAGGGAGAGAUGCAGGCUAUGAGCUAAAGGUCAAGCGGAUUGAUGCAGAUCUAAGAAUUUUACAGCUACAGGAAGAGAUAUUGAGGCUUCUACCUGAUGAAGAAAAGCAAUUAGUUGGAGAAAAGCUUCUUCCUCUUACAGACCUCAUUGAGUUAUGUCUAAAAAUUCAACACCCGGAGCUGUCGUUGCGAGCCUUUGAUCUUUUCUCAUGGGCCACUGCCUCAUUUCUUAGAAAUAAUACUAGCCUUUUAGAAGAAUGCUGGAGAAAUGCCGCAAAUCAAGACAAUUGGGGAAAACUCUAUCAAAGGUCCAUGACCGAGGGAUGGAGCGACGAGAGCACAAUGGAGGAACUCAAGGAAACGGUUCUGUUUCAAGCUUCCAGCAAGUGUUAUGGACCUGAUGCAGAAACUUCUGAUGGAAGCAGAUUCGACGAAGUGCUCCCGCUGAGGCUAGAAAGUUCCGACCACCCAGAUUCCAAGUACGCGAGUUCCUCUGUCGAAGCUGUCCUGAUGCAGCACAAGGAUUAUCCAGAAGCCGGCAAGCUGAUGCUGACGGCAUUGAUGCUUGGGAGCGUUUGGGGCUCUUCUAGCACCCCCCCGUCUGUCAUGGACUACGAAGGUUCUUCCCCAAUGAAGUGAAACAGUAUUUGUUAGUUGCUUCGUUAGGUCUCUAUAGUUUGAAUCAUUUAGUCUCUUUCACUUGAUUCAACAUAGUGCAUUCAGUGAGAAAUUAGGUGGUUGCAGGUUUUGACAAAUCCAUGUACAAAAAAGCUCUAAGUAAUGAGCUUCAAAAUGUUUUUUGAAUGUAGAGCUUUGCAAGUACUAAUUUGCUCUCUUCUCAUAUUGUACAAUGAGAGAGAGAGAGAGAGAGAGAGAGAGAGAGGUUAUAUGUCCAGGUGUCCAAUUGUAGGGUGUGGAAUAUGUAUGUUUAGUGUGUGUAGUGUGUGCUUGACAGAUGCUGAAUUGGAUAGAUUAUAGAUAUGUAGCAAUAGAGUUUUGGAUUUUUGAGUGCCA